AUGGCGCCGACGCCGCCGCCGCCCGCCAUGUCCAUCCCCGCGGAUUGCUCUCGCCUGCAUGAGGAAGGCCGCGCUUCAAUCCCCGACCGGUCUGCCUCUUCCCCCGAAGGCGACGGCAGGAUGGCAAUCGAGAGACUCACCGACGACCUCCUCAUCGAGAUCCUCUCGCGCGUCCCCGCCAAGUCGCUCUGCCGCUCCAAGUGCGUCUCCAACCACUGGCUCAGCCUCGUCGACCACCCAGACCACCGCAAAAAGCUUCCCCAACCUCUGGCCGGCUUCUUGUACAGCAGCACCUCCAGUGGUCGCUUCUUGGACUCACCUGUCCACUCUACAAGUCUCCCAUGGAGCCGCUGCCCUCUGAUGAUCACCUCCUUCGCCUUCCUGCCUAACCACCGGCGCAUCGAUGUCAUGGACUGCUGCAACGGCCUCCUUCUCUGCCGCUGGUAUGGCGUCUCCGCCCAGGAUGAUCACUUCCGUUAUGUUGUGUGCAGUCCCGCCACCGAGCAGUGGGUCGACUUUCCGAACUCCGGCCGGGCAAGGGACCAGGUGGCCGUCACACGCUUGGGCUUCGAUCUGGCCCGGUCGUCGCAUUUCCAUGUGUUUGAGUUGCUGGAGCAGAAGGAGAACUGGACCACCGAGCUUGUCGGAGUGGCAGUGUAUUCAUCUGAAACUGGAGGAUGGGUAUGCAAGGAAAAGAGACAGAGUGGACACAUCAUUCGACGCUCGGAACAAACUGUCUUUCUUAACGGCCAUCUGUAUUUCCAAGCCUUUGACCGUGACUUUUGUGUGGCUACGGUGGACACCAAGGGUGAGACAUGGAUGAAAUUCGCUCUCCCUCGUCAUGGUCGUGGUCUGAUUGAUGGUUUUAUUCAGUGUUCUCAGGGCCGCUUACAUUAUGCCAAUUACUACAACAAUGUGAUUCGACUAGCAGUUUAUGUUCUGGAGGACUAUGAAAGCAAAGAGUGGAAAGUAAAGCACACUGUUGAAGCUUCGGAAUUGUUUGGAGGGAUAGAUGUUUGCUAUGUUCAAGAUGACUUUGAAUGGGUUGGAAUCCAUCCGGAAUGUAACGUGAUAUUCUUUACUGUUGGUUGGUAUGAAACAUUCAUGUGCUAUAAUAUGGAUCGUCGGCAAGUAGAAGUGAUCCGCGAACUUGAAGAUGGCAGGCCACCAUAUCUGCCAUACGCGCCGCUGUAUGCAGAGCUACAAUCGUUGCACAUGUGA